UUUCCGGCGAGACUCCACUCGACUCGACUCGACUGAGAUAAAGGAAAGAGAUUGGAUUUAGUUAGGGUUUCGGUUUAGUCUCCAGGAAAGCGAAGGAGAAGAAGAAAAAAAUCCGAAGCCAAGGUCUGUAGAAGAUGUCGUCGACUCUCCUCGAGCAAACUCGUUCCAAUCACGAGGAAAUUGAAAGAUUGGAGCGAUUGGUUGUGCAAGAUCUACAGACCCAGCCGCCGUCGAGCAGGGACAGAUUGGUACAGGGCCACCGUGUUCGCGGCAUGAUUGAGUCUAUUAUGCUCAACACCGAGAAACUUGUUGAAACCUAUGAAGAUAAGGAUGGGGCGAGGGAAGAUGAGAUAGCAGCGCUUGGUGGCCAGAAUGCGACGGGGAAAAAUGUGUAUGAUGCAUUUUAUGAUCGUUUUAAAGAGAUACGUGACUAUCAUAAAAAGCAUCCUUCUGGACGUCUUGUUGAUGCUAGUGAAGACUAUGAAGCACUCCUGAAGGUGGAACCAGUUAUUGCGUUCAGUGGAGAGGAAGGCGUUGGUCGGUACUUGGACUUGCAUGAUUUGUAUAACCAGUACAUCAACUCGAAAUUCGGGCAAAGGGUUGAAUAUUCUACUUACCUUGAUGUUUUUUCUCAACCUGAGAAAAUACCCCGUAAACUAAAGUUUUCAAGGCAAUACAGGAAGUAUAUGGAGGCUCUGCUAGAGUACUUGGUGAACUUUUUCCAGCGAACCGAGCCUUUGCGAGAUCUUGACAAAAUACUUUCUACGGCUGAGACUGAUUUUGAAGAGCAAUACGCAAAUGGAAAAGUAGAAGGCUGGGAGAAGGAUAGCCAGGAAAGCGAACCAUCGCAGCAUACUGUCAUAGAUCUUGAUUACUACACCACAGUUGAGGAGCUGAUAGAUGUGGGACCUGAGAAACUAAAAGAGGCGUUGGGGGCUUUAGGACUGAAAGUUGGUGGUACUCUGCAGCAGCGUGCGGAGAGACUUUUCCUGACAAAGCAUACACCUCUGGAAAAGCUGGAUAAGAAACAUUUUGCCAAACCUCUCUACAAUGGGAAACAAAAUGGAGAUGCCAAAGCAACGCAGGAGUCUGAAAGUGCUAAAGAAAUUGCACUAAUAGAGGCUAAAUUGAAAAAGCUCUGCAAUUUACUGGAUGAGACAAUCGAAAGGACCAAACAAAACGUUGUAAAGAAACAGGCUUUGACGUAUGAAGAGAUGGAGGAAGAGCGCGAGGGUGAGGAAGUUCGUGCAGAAUCAGAAAGUGAUGAUGAGGACGAUCAGAUCUACAAUCCGCUGAGGCUGCCAAUGGGCUGGGAUGGGAAGCCUAUACCAUACUGGCUUUACAAACUUCAUGGACUUGGCCAGGAGUUUAAAUGUGAUAUAUGUGGGAACUAUAGCUAUUGGGGAAGAAGGGCUUUUGAGAGACAUUUUAAAGAAUUUCGACACCAACACGGAAUGCGUUGCCUGGGAAUCCCAAACACAAAGAACUUCAACGAAAUCACUUCGAUUGAGGAAGCGAAAGAAUUGUGGAAGAAGAUACAGGAGAGGCAAGGAGUGAACAAAUGGAGGCCAGAACUUGAAGAAGAAUAUGAAGAUCGUGAAGGUAACAUAUACAACAAGAAGACUUACACUGAUCUUCAGCGUCAAGGUCUCAUCUGACUGAUCACAUACUUCGGUUUUUAAGGGUCUCUCUACUUGAUGAACUUAUUCCUUCUUUACUGUAUCGCUAAAACAUUUCCACCUUUCUACUUUGUAAAAUCAAACCAUUCGUCAUCCAUCUUUUUGUGAAUCACCGGUUUUCAAUUUUCCAUUUAAACAGUGCCGAGAUUUAGAUAA